AUGGCAGGCAUUACAUGGCAUUAUGUCCUCAAAUUUAUCAUCACAGGUGAUGCAGCUGUCGGCAAGUCAUCUCUGCUUAUCCGCCUUACGGACCAAAGGUUUCUUGCGAAUCCGGAUCCCACACUCGGCGUGGAGUUCGGGUCCAAAUUAAUAACGAUCCCUGAGGAGGACAAGGUCGUGAAACUACAAUGUUGGGAUACUGCGGGUCAGGAAUCAUUCCGCGCCAUAACGCGAUCAUACUACCGUGGUGCCGCAGGCUGUCUGUUAGUCUACGACGUGACAUCGCGAAAGAGCUUCGAGAACGUACGGAAUUGGCUUUCAGAUGUGCGAGAACAUGCAGAUCCACAUGUUUCAUGCAUCUUAGUGGGGAACAAGGUGGACCUGUGCGAUCCACCACCCGGAUCCUCAACAGCAGGAGAGUCAACAACGUCCCUGACAGCACCGAAACCAACCAAGUCAUCGAUAUCUCCGCAUAAGGGGGCUGCGAGGGGAAAGGCGAGGGAAGUCCCGUACGAGGAGGCGGAGCGAUACGCGAAGGAAGAAGGGCUGUUGUUCGUUGAGGCGAGUGCGAAGUCGGGGUUGAACGUGGAGCAGGCGUUUGUGGAUGCUUCGAGGGAUAUUCUGGCGAAGAUCAAGAGGGGCGUGUUUGACGACGAUAGGUCCCCUGGUGUGAAGCUCUCGAAACCCAACACGAAUCUCACGUUGGAAGGCGGUGCCACAAAGUCCUGCUGCGGAACUUAG